GAAGCAUGGAAGCUAUUGAAGUGACGAGAAAGACCCGAACCGCUAAAUCAAAGAAUAAAGAUGGAAAAGUGGCCCAAGUGAGAUCAGCAGCAGAUGAGGCGAGAAGGAGAGAAGCUUUAAAAGAGACCCUGUGUGAGAAGCUUGAAUUUGAGCGCAGAGCCCUGCAGGUUGUUGAGCGACUCCUGGAGGACAGUGUGACCGAAGAGUUCCUCAUCGAUUGUUCAUGGUACAUCACUCCUGUUAACUACAAAGACACAGUGGAAGAACGGUCCAUUGCUAAACUGUGUGGAUAUCCUGUGUGUCCAAAUAAACUCAUCAAUGUGCCCAGACAACAGUUUAAAAUAUCCACCAAGACCAAUAAAGUCUAUGACAUCACAGAGCGUAAGUGCUUUUGCAGUAAUUUCUGCUACAAAGCCUCCAAAUGUUUUGAACUCCAGAUAUCAAAAACUCCCCUUUGGCUCAGAAAGGAUGAGAGGCCUCCUGAAGUAAAACUGAUGAAAGAAGGUGAUGGAGGGAGCGCAGGACUGGAGAUAAAGUUGGUUGACAAACCCAUAACAGAAGCCGACAUUGACGAUUCCAUCACAGAAGGUCCUGAGACCUACAUAGACUCCCCUCCCAACAGUCAUGGCGAGAACAGCGACACUGAGCAAGACUUUGUCUCCAGUGUGGUGUCCAGACAGCGUACGCGUGCACGGGUGCACUGGGGAAAACUGCCAAAGAGGGACGGCGUUAGUGAGCAUGAGGGAUCGAGCAAUGAAAAAAAUCUAAUUGCACCUCCUGAACCCAUACAAAGACAAGAAAUAGAUAAUAAAGAUGAAAACAGAUCUUCUCUAAGCUCUCAAAUACAUAUAGAGCCUCACUGUCAAUCUACAGUAGAGAAGGCCAUACCUGUGGAAUCUGAUGUUGAGGGAACUCGCAAGCUGUUAAAUGAGUUUAGUCUGAAGGACAGUACUGUUUGUACUGUAACUGAACAUGAGCCUGCCCUACCUUCACAGCCUGAUAGUGGAAACACCACCCCAGCAACUGAUAAUCUGACCUCUGGCUUGAACAUCACUCAGGUGGGCAUGAGUAAAAGAGGAGUUGCAGGUCUCAAAGGCCUGUUGAAGGGUCAUACCAAAGCUAAAACUGCUCCUACAGCCGUCAGUCUGUGCCUGUUAAAGCAUCUAAGCCAAACCUUCAUUGAAUGGAGAACUGAGGAAACUAUGAAGUUUCUUUAUGGACCUGGUUACACCUCAGGAAUGCAGUCUGCAGCAGAGCAGGCUGAAGACAGUGAAGAACUGGAUGAAGAUGACCUGGAUGAGCCUGAGGCUGAGGUGGGCUUGAGACAGUCCACUGGUGGUCUUGCCAGACCCAGUGCACCAGCUCCUGAUUUGGAAAAACUGCGCAAAGAAACUGAGCUGCUGGAGCUAAGAGUGAGCGAGUUUUAUAAAGGUGUGUGUGUUCUGCCUGAAGAGAUUGAAACUGAUUCUGUCAAAGAAAGCAACUACACAGAGGACAGUGGGAAGGAUCCUCAUUUCCCUUUGGUUGAUUCUAAUGCACAGCACCUGAUUCAGAAGCGCAUUGUUGUGGAGAAGCUCAGCAGGAGUUUGAGAGAUGUCGUUGGACCCCUACGUCUGACAAUGGGUGAUGUCAUCAAUUACAUCAAUAAUUUAGUCAGGACUUUCAGGUUCACAAACACAAAUAUCAUUCACAAAAGCCCUGAAUGGACUUUAAUUGCAGUGGUUCUUCUUUCAGUGUUAACGGAAGUGUCACCAUUGUUGCGAGAGACCUUGACAAGUCUGUCUUCGGUGGAGUAUAUUUCCUCUUUCAUGCGAGAGCUUAGUCUGGAGCAAAAAGAUCUGCACAGCCUUGUGCAGCUCUUCAGACCCCAAAUCACUUCUUAAACAUAAUAUACAGCACACAAAUUCAGAUGAACAAUUUAUAAUAAAAGCCUACUUGU